GCGCCCGGCGCGGGCGGCGCGCCGCGCCAGGCACCGUGCGGCUGCUCCUCCUGGCCCAGGGGCGGGGCGCGCGGGCCGGCCCCGGCGCGGGCGGACACUGGCGUCCCCCGGCAGCAGCGCCGGCCGCUGGAGCCUCCUGUGGGCGGGCUGCCUGCGGCAGAUCGUGCGGCUGGCGUGCGCGAACUUCCUCAUCUACGGCAUCCGAGGCGCCGUGGUGUCGUGGCUCGCCUUCUUCAUGCUGCACACGGGCCGGGGCCUGGCGUCGGCGGCGGCCCUGCUGAGCACCUUCGAGGUCGGCGGGCUCUUCGGCAGCUUCCUCGGGGGCGUCGUCAGCGACCUCCGCCUGCGCGGUCGGGCGGCGGCGCCGGUGGUGGGCCUGCGCGUGGACACGAGCCUGCUGGCCCUGGUGACCCUCCUGCUGCCCUCCCUGGCCGCCAUCUGGCUCCUGCCGCCGUCCGCCGGCGCGGCGUGGCUGCUGCUGCCCAUGUUCGCCGCCGGGCUGGGCCUGUACGUGGUCCAGGCCCUCACGGCGCUGUGCGGCCUCGAGCUGGUGCCCAAGCGCGCUAUCGGCGUGUCCCAGGGGUUCCUCGGCCUGACGGCGUACGUCGGUGCGGCGGCCUCGGGGCUGCCGCUCGGAUGGCUCAUCCAGGGUCGCGCUGGCUGGGUCGCGUGGCAGGCCGCGCUGCUGCUGGCUGCGCUGGGGACCGGCGCCGUGCUGCUGCCGCUGCGGCGGGCGCGCUCGCACCAGCAGCGGCUCGCGCCGGGGCUGCGCUGA